AUGACGUCUGCGGAAUCAACGGAGGAACCAGCGCAUCCUGAAGAAAACCGGGAGGGGCAUCAGGAGCAACACCAGGAGGAACACCAAGACGAUGCCCUCAAAACUCUCAAAUACCACCUGCUCGGGCCUUCGCUGACCAAGGCUGGCCAAGACAAGGUCGACCAAAGCAAGAUUCAGGUUUCGGAGAUUAUAUACAAUGCAUCCAAGGGAUCCAAAUUCUUCAACCGCGAAGAAGAGCGAGACAAGAUCCUCACGAAAAAAAUCGAACAGAUUCUGUCACGGAAGAACAAGCUGGAACAGCAAGAUCUGACACGCGACCUGCGAAAUGCCGAUCGUCUUCUCGCGGAGCUCGAGCUGUCCAGAGACCUCACCCAGUACAUUGUGCAUCUUGAUUGCGACGCCUUUUUUGCGGCUGUGGAGCUGCUGGAACGACCCGAUCUCAAAGACGUCCCCUUUGCGGUUGGCGGUGGUGUUCUCACUACGUGCAACUAUGUUGCGCGCCAGUUUGGCUGUCGAUCGGGCAUGGCCGGUUUCGUUGCCAAGAAGCUUUGCCCACAGCUCAUCCUUAUCAAGCCCAACUUUCACAAGUAUGGUGCAAAGGCUCAAGAAGUGAGGGCGGUGAUUGCAAACUAUGAUCCGCGCUUCGAAAGUGCUAGCAUUGACGAGGCAUACCUCAACAUCACCGAAUACUGCGACGAACACAACAUGGAUCCGGCAGCAGUGGUGGAGCAAAUGAGGAAGGAAGUCCAUGAAAAAACGAGCAUUACAGUGUCGGCGGGAAUUGCUGCGAACGCGAGGCUGGCAAAGAUUUGCUCAAACAUUAACAAACCGAAUGGACAAUACGUCCUCCCCAGAGACAGAAACUCUAUCAUGGCGUUUAUGCGAGAUUUGCCAACGAGAAAAGUCAAUGGAAUCGGUCGAGUCCUUGAGCGCGAACUCUUGGAGAUUGGGGUCAAGACAUGCGGUGACCUAUAUGAGCAGCGGCAGUAUCUGAACCGGCUGUUCGGGGAGAAGUAUUCUGUGUUUCUCCUCCGCUGCUAUCUGGGCCUUGGCCGCACGAAAAUCCAGCCGGCAGAAGAGUACGAGCGCAAAAGCGUCGGAACUGAGAGCACAUUCCAUGACAUAUCAGACCCUGCGAAGUUGAGAGACAAACUUCGCUCGACGGCUGAGGCUCUGGAGAAGGAUCUGAAGAAGAAUGAGUGCAAGGGCCGCACGCUCUGCAUCAAGAUAAAGCUCCAUACCUUUGAAGUUUACACUCGGCAAGUCGUCCUGCCAAAAUCAAUACAUCUCGCCGAAGACUUGUACAACUAUUCGUUGCCGAUGCUUGCGAAGUUGGAGCAGGAAAUGCCGGGCAUGAGGCUGCGACUCAUGGGGCUGCGGUGCACGCAUCUUGUCAGCACCAAGAAGCCCGAUACUAUGGCAUUCUUUGGUUUCAAACCUCGCCGGCAAGAUGCUGGGGAAUCAAGUGAUGCCGGGAUGGUCAAGAGGAAAGCGAGUGAGCCAUUGGAAAGAGAAGAAGAGUGGGACAAGUUGGAUGGAGACGAUGAGGAUUUACUGGAAGAUUUGGACGAUGCCUUGGGCGACAUAUCUCACGAACACGAGGAUGGAGAAGAUGAGAUGCUGCAGGAGCGAAGACAUGGGAAAGAGAUUGUGCCCAAUCCGCCCCCUGACCGCGAGGCUCCGCCACAGGAGGACUGGUGGGAGUGCCCAAUAUGCCUCCGCCCCCAGGCAGCAAACGAGCGGCAAUUUAAUGAGCAUAUCGAUUUGUGUUUGUCUCGGCAGACAAUUCGAGACGCGGUUCAAGCUGACGACCCGAAAGACACAACAAAGCCUAUCCUGUCUGACGUGAACAAACGGCCCAAGCUGACAGAAAAGAAGCGGGGCCGUCCACCUUCUACAGAUCCAAAGCAGAAGAAGCUUUCUUUUUUCUGA